AUGCCGACCGUCGUUCAGAUAAACCUGAAGCGCAGCUCCCACGCUUCAGUUAAUCUGGGGGUCCUUCUCCGCGAGAAGGACAUCGACAUCGGCCUUAUACAAGAGCCAUGGACAAGGGACGGACAAAUCUCUGGCAUGGCCAUAAAGGGAUACACAGCAUUAUCUAGCAAGAUUCAAGGCGGCGGAAGGGACAGCCAUACUAAUAGCUCCGGUUACAUGGCCCACGACGAACCUGCAACAUCUGAAGCGGUUAAUAGGGUGAUGCAGUGGGCUGAGGAGACUAAGACGACGCUCAUCCUCGGGUGCGAUGCCAACGCAAGGCACACACUGUGGGGAAGUAAGGAGACAAACGAAAGGGGUGAGUCUCUCUUCGAUAGUAUUAUAUGUCGUGACGUCAAUAUUUGUAACAAGGGAAACACGCCCACCUUCAUCUUUCCAAGAACGGAAGGAUUUCAGGGCUGGGAGGAAGUCCUAGACAUAACCCUCCAAAUGGAGCAUAGUGAUUAUAAGGUAAGAAAUUGGAGAGUCUCUACACAAGACUCGUUUUCAGACCACAGGUACAUAUUCUUCAAAAUCGUGAUGCCGGUAUGUGAAACGGCGCCGAAGCGAAACCAUCGAAACACUGACUGGGACAAAUACGGAAAGAUUGUACAGUCAAAGGUCAAAGACAGAAGGAUCAAGACCCGAUCCACCCCGGAGAGAAUAGAUAAGGAAGUCGAGGACUUCACGAAUAUUCUGAACAAAGCCUACAAAGAGUCAUGCAGACUAACAUACUCUAAGAAGACAUACCCACCAUGGUGGAACAAAGAGCUAUGCGAGCUCAGAAAGAAAGUUCGAAAAGCCUUCAACACAAGUUACGGUACCAAAGACUGGCAGCCGUACAAAGCAAUACACAAAGAAUACAAAAAGGCAAUCUACGUAGCCAAGAAGGAAUCUUGGAGCAGCUACUGA